AUGAUCGAACAGGUAAGGGAGGAAGAAAUUAUAACGCGCGAGGAAGGAUAUUGUGGAUGCUUGCCACACAAGUUCAGGUACAUCCUGUUGAUUGUGACGCUGCUAUGUCUCACCUCCAUCUCGUCCAAUAUGUUCACCUUGAACUUCACACUUAUUUGUAUGGCACCAACGAGUAAUGUUUCGGUAAGUGGUACUUUCAACUAUCAUUAGAAAGUCAUCAUUAAUAGAUGGUACAAUAACUGGUAUGAUAACUAUCAAUACCAUGAGACAACAGUUCUUGCUAUUAGUGAGAAGAUUACUAUUACAUUUAUGCCGUAACCAUUACUACUUGUGUACUGUAAGCACAUGAUUUUAGCAAGAAGUCUCCCAACUCCACCAAAAGACCUACGCCUACGACCACACUGAGAAGUCAUGGCUCAUGUGGGCUGUGGCCAUCGGCAGUUUGGUCGGCACUUUCCCAUUCAGUUGGGCCUACGGGCACUUUGGUGCUAGAUGGGUGUUCUUUGUGGCCGGUAUCAUCUCCGCGCUCUCUACUGGUGUAAUACCGUUCGCUGCCGAUUGGGGAAUCUGGCCCUUCACAGCUGCUCGGUUUGUGCAGGUAAGUUUAAAAAUAUAGUAAACACAAUAAUUAAUGAAUGGUUACAUUACCUUGUAUUGCUUUAAAAUGCUAUUUCGAUAAAGUCGUACACUAUAUAGUAAAUAGUACACAGUGUAGUAUCACAAGUUAUCACAGAAAUGUACUAAACGAUAUUGUUGUAGGGUAUUGCUUAUGCCGCUGACUUUGCCGCCAUUGGAGUACUCACCUCUCACUGGGCUUCUCUAAAACAGCAUGCCUUCUUCAUCUCCGUACUCACAUGCUACUCGCCUCUGUCAUUGACCAUCACCAACCCCAUUGCCGGAUGGAUGUGUAACACCGAAUGGCUAGGAUGGCCAAUCGUCUACUACAGUCACGCUAUCGCUGGAAUCCUGUUGUUUGUCAUCUGGGUGUUCCUGUACAGCGACUUCCCAGAUAUGCAUCGUCGUGUAUCCAUUGUCGAGCUCGAGAAGAUCCACAGAAACAAGACCAGAUCUCACAUCGAGCCUGGAGGUACCGUCCCAUACGCCGCCAUCUGCAAGAACUUCAACAUCAUUGCUUCGUGGUUGUCGGCCUUCGCUACUUUGUUGUCAGCCAUCUUUAUGCACUUGUACCUCCCCAUCUACAUCCACAGAGUGCUCAACUUCAGUAUUGUCGAGACUGGUCUUCUGGCUGCCAUCCCAACGUUCUCCUACAUCCCACUCAAACUCAUCUUCGGCACACUCAGUGACAAGAUCAAGUAGGUUAUCAUCAAUAAUAUUAUUUAUUCUGAUAAAUCAAAGUUUACCUUUCUUGCAUUAAUUCUUAGUUUUCUAAAACUUGGGUAUUAAUUUAUGUUACAUUAUCAAAUGUUAACAUUGACACUUUUUUUAGGGGUAUUGAUGAAACCACCAAGGUGUGCAUCUUCAACACCAUCGCUUUGGUUGGUCCAGCUCUCUGCUACAUUGCCCUAGCCUUUGUGCCACAAACACACCCAUGGUGGGGACUUGCCCUUCUGAUCCUCAUCCACAUGCUCUACGCUGCCAGUGGAGGCGGUUUCUACAAGUGCUUGACUUUGUCUUCUCGGUAAGUUACACUUAAGUUUAUAUUGUGUCAUUUCAUAAUAAGGUUUCACGUAUCUAUUAUUGAUAACUUAUAUAGUUGGUAUGUAAAUAAUGCCUUUUAUCAUAUUAUUCUUCCUUCACUUAUAUUAUCCAUCAUUUCAGCCAAUUCUCUCACUUCGUGAUUGCUACCGUGCAAUUCUUCAAGUGUAUCAGUUUGUUCUUGGCCCCCGCCUUGGUGUGGUUCUUUGUUGACAUCGAAGAGUCGCGAACUGAAUGGAGAACCAUCUUCUUCAUUCUCGCCUUCUUCUUGAUCGUGGUACGUUAUUGUUUUCGACUGUUUAUGAGUGUUUGAUCAUCAAAUUAACUGUGUUGUUUUCAGUCCGCUGCCAUCUUCUGGAAGGCCGCUGACACGCAGCCGGCCCACUUCACCAAAGUGGCUCCAAAGCGAUCCUCAGUCUCGGUGGUGCCUCGCAAAGACAGCAGGUACUAA